AUGGCGUCUCCGGGUGUCCUCCAGAGCGGCAGCGGCUCCCUGGGCCUCCUGGUCUGGCUCCUGGCCCUUCAACCUUGGCUCAGUGAGGCCCUGGUGGGCGGGGACGGGGCGCAGGGCAGGUCAGCUCUGCCCUCACCCUCUCCACCUACCUCGGGGGGUAGCCGCAAGGACCCCGGAGCACGCCGUUGGAAGCUGCCUCCUGCAGGAGCCCCGGGAACUUCCGGGGCCGCUGAGUCCCGUAUGACUUCGGUAGCCCCCAGUUUGGUGGCGUUUACCCUAACGUGUGGCCGUCGGACUUCGAGGGUAACUGGUGGAAGGCCAGCCGCAGAGAAGAAGUGGCCGUGGCAGGUCAGUCUGCAGAUCCAUCAAAAACACAUAUGCGGAGGCUCCCUCGUUGCCCGUCAGUGGGUGUUGACCGCGGCCCAUUGCAUAUUUGGCCACGUGGAAUACACAGUGAAGAUGGGAGACAUACAUUUGCCGCACACCUCCCCAAUGGCAGUCACGGUCCCAGUCCAAGACAUCGUUAUCCACAAAUAUUUUAAUCCUGUCGGAGUGAUCGAAAAUGACAUUGCCCUUGCUCUGCUCGCCUUCCCUGUGAAUUUCUCCGCGAGCAUCCAACCCGUGUGCCUCCCUGAAAAGGCUUUCAUGGUCCAAGCUGGUACAGAGUGCUGGGUGACUGGAUGGGGAAAACUAAGGGAAGAAGAACAACUUCAGGAGGCUGAGCUAAGCAUUCUUCGCUAUGAGGCUUGUAAUGAGAAGCUCAAAGAAAAGAUGGAAAGUCACUUAAAUAUGGUCAAGGAGGGGACUGUCUGUGGCACCAGCACCAGAGGAAAGGAUGCUUGCCAGGGAGAUUCUGGGGGUCCCCUGGUCUGUGAAUUUAAUAAUUCAUGGGUCCAAGUGGGGAUCGUGAGCUGGGGCAUUGGCUGUGGUCGCAGCGGGUAUCCAGGAGUUUAUACAGAAGUGAGUUUCUACAAGGAUUGGCUCAUUGCUAGAUUUCAUUUGGAAUCCACUGGCUGUGUGGAGCUCCACAUGACUGAGAAACGAAAGCAAGAAGCCUUGAAAGUUCCCCAGCCUGCUGCUCCAGGAAAAUACCACAUCCACAAUACACCUGGGUUGUGCUAG